AUGUACCCACACUCCGACAAGUAUCAGAACCUGCAGAAGCCGUCCGAAACCUUCGCCAACAAGUUUUUUGGUUCAGAAACAUUGAGUACGAAAUUCUCUGAAACAUUCUCCGAAAAUUAUCAAAAUACAGAAGGCAUAAGUUUCGCUAACUACGAAUGUCAGAAGACUGAUGGGGGUGAAGAAGUAAUUUUGGAGGUGUAA